AUGACUGUCACAAUCAAUGAGCAGCAGCAGCUGAAGCGAACCAAGCACACGAAUCCAGUCCCAUCAUCAUCAGUCCUCCAUUAUUUGUUCUUGAUCUGUAUCCAAACACUCGCUCUGAUACAUUGGUGUGAACGAUUUGCACUCUUUCAACUAGAUCGCAUCCGAUAUCUAAUACUCAAAGCACCUCCAACGCCAUCAUCAAUUAAAUCAGAUGUACAUCCCCUGUCGAAACUGCCUGAUCAUGUCGCGCUAGUGUUUACUGGGGUGGGAUGUCGUAGGCAGCAUUUGAAUCAUCGAGAUGGGAAUAGUGCUAAUGUUAUUCUGGAAGAGGUGGAGGAGAAAGAAGCAGAAGCUGUACAUAGUGUUGGAGAAAUGGUUUGCUGGUGUGCUGCUGCUGGAAUGUCACAGUUGACUAUUUAUGAUGAACAUGGUCUUUUAGAAAGAUCUAGUGUACAAAUAGCAACCGAGAUUGCAUCGCAAUCUGCUCUCUUCUUUUCACAAGCAAGGAGCAAGUUUCCAACCAUUCAGGUUCUCGUAUCUGGAAUACCUAUAGAAGAACCGCCCAUAUUCUGCGCUCCUGCAACAUUACGUCUCAAUAUAAUCUCAUCAAAGGAUGGCCGGCAAGCCAUUGUUAAUGCCGCUCAAACUCUAGCGAAAUACCGUAUAGACAAGAAGAUGCCACUUAAAAGUGACGACAAGAAUGUAGGCAAACGGAAAUCGGUCCAAGAAGAUGUCACUGUCGAAUCACUUCAUAGUUUAUUGACCACCAAUGGCUUGGAAGAACCUCAACUUGUAUAUGUAUUGACGGGAGUCACAGAUCCGUUGACUCUUGUAGGAUUUCCGCCGUGGCAGAUACGUCUUUCUGAAUUUUGGCAUGUACAGGGAGAUGGACGAUUACGAUAUCUAGACUUUAUAGCGGGCUUGUCCCGAUAUGGCACUGUACAUCAACGAGUAGGAAAAUAG